CCGGGAGGCGGGACAGCCCUAGUCUUCCGUGUGCCGCGGCGGCCGCCUCCGCCUCCCUCCUCCGGCCACACUGUGCCUGCACUGCCGGCGUUAGCCGCGCGAGGCGAAGGGAGAGGGCCGCCGGGAGCGUGCGUGCGCGCGCAGAGGUCCCGCAGUCCCAGCAGUUCCUCUCGCGCGGGGUGGCGGCAAGGGUCGGCCGCAGUCGGGGUUGUGUGUGUGUGUGUGUGUGUUGGGGAGAGAGGCCCUAGACGGCGCCAUGUCGGCAGGCGGCCCGUGCCCGGCUGGAGCCGGAGGGGGGUCCGGGGGUGCCUCCUGCGCGGUGGGGGUCUCCUCGGGAGGAGGGGUGUCCAUGUUCCGGUGGCUGGAGGUGCUGGAGAAGGAGUUCGACAAGGCCUUUGUAGAUGUGGAUCUGCUCCUGGGGGAGAUCGACCCGGACCAGGCGGACAUCACUUACGAGGGGCGACAGAAGAUGACCAGCCUGAGCUCCUGCUUCGCGCAGCUCUGCCACAAAGCGCAGACCGUGUCCCAGAUCAACCACAAGCUGGAGGCACAGCUGGUGGAUCUGAAAUCUGAAUUGACAGAGACCCAAGCAGAGAAAGUUGUGCUGGAAAAAGAAGUCCAUGAUCAGCUUUUACAGUUGCACUCCAUUCAGCUUCAGCUUCAUGCUAAAACUGGUCAGAGUGUUGACUCUGGUACCAUUAAGGCAAAAUUGUCUGUCCCCUCUGUGGAUGAACUGGAAAGAGAACUUGAAGCAAACAAAAAAGAAAAAAUGAAAGAAGCUCAAUUAGAGGCUGAAGUGAAGUUGUUGAGAAAAGAGAAUGAAGCCCUUCGUAGACAUAUAGCUGUUCUCCAGGCGGAAGUCUAUGGGGCAAGACUGGCUGCCAAGUACUUGGAUAAAGAAUUGGCAGGAAGGGUCCAGCAAAUACAGUUACUAGGACGAGAUAUGAAGGGACCCGCUCAUGAUAAGCUUUGGAACCAGUUGGAAGCUGAGAUACAUUUGCAUCGUCACAAAACUGUUAUCAGAGCCUGCAGAGGACGUAAUGACCUGAAGCGACCAAUGCAGGCACCACCAGGCCAUGAUCAAGAUUCUUUAAAGAAAAGUCAAGGUGUUGGUCCAAUUAGAAAAGUUCUUCUCCUCAAGGAAGAUCAUGAAGGCCUUGGCAUUUCAAUUACAGGUGGGAAAGAACACGGUGUUCCGAUCCUCAUUUCUGAGAUACACCCAGGACAGCCUGCUGACAGAUGUGGAGGGCUACAUGUUGGAGACGCGAUUCUGGCUGUUAAUGGAGUUAACCUAAGGGACACAAAGCAUAAAGAAGCUGUCACCAUUCUUUCUCAGCAGAGAGGAGAAAUUGAAUUUGAAGUAGUUUAUGUAGCACCUGAAGUGGAUUCUGAUGAUGAAAAUGUAGAAUAUGAAGAUGAGAGUGGACACCGUUACCGUUUGUACCUUGAUGAGUUAGAGGGAGGUAGUAAUCCUGGUGCCAGUUGCAAAGACACAAGUGGAGAAAUCAAAGUGUUGCAAGGAUAUAAUAAGAAGACAGUAACUGAUGGCCAUGAAAAUGGAGACCUAGGAACAUCCAGUGAAACUCCACUGGAAGACAGUGCUUCUAAGUUAGAUGAUCUGCACAGUCUGUAUCAUAAAAAGCCUUAUUGAAUUGACUGUCUUCAGACAGGAUUGCCAGUCAGACUACUCUGAAUUUGAGGCACUAAGGAAGAUGGUGAGAAAUACUGCACAGAGAUCAAGGGAAGCUGUUGUGGCCUAAAUGAAAGACGGGUAGCUCAGGGCUUUAUGUGAACAGUUGUAAAUGUAUAAAACUUUUUGUUUUCUGUGGUAUAGCAUAAUUGGCUAUUGCAUGUAAAACCAUUUUGGUUCUCUUAAAAUUGUUUAUUCACCAAAGCAUGUGUUUCCCACAGGGAUAUUACUAGAGUCUUAAGUGCCAAGUGAAGCACUACUGUUUUAUUUGGUUCUCUUUCCUUUGAGGAAAGUGCUAACUGGAAUUUUGCAAAACAAGGCAACAAAAAAAAAUAGCUUGUACAUACAAGAGAAUAAAUGAAUUGAUAUUACAUAUUCCAGAAUGUAAAGUGUGGUGUUUCAAAAGACAGAACUUGACUCACUGAAUUAUAGAAAUGUAAGCUUGACUUACUGUUUACAAAGUAAAAGAACGGUUUUAGUCAAUUUUUUUUAUUUAUUGUACAACCUUAUAUCAAUCAGUUUUUAAUGAUCAUUAUUAGUUUCAACUUUUGUUCAGUGCAGUAUGGAAUACUUUUCUUGAAAAAGUCCUUAAUCAGUGCUGUGAUAGUAGUUUUUGGAAAACUAUUAUACAUUACAUAUUUUUGGUUUUUAAAAGAAAUGUAGAUGAGUCUAAAAUAUCUGUUCAAAUUAUGUUGAUCAGUGUGCAUGAUAAUAGCACACUACAUUAUUAAUGUUUGGUUUCAGAUGCUUUUUUUCAGGGAUGCAAAAAAGGCAUGGUUUUAUACAUUUUGAGUUGUUCAUAAAGCUUAUCUUGUUAUAGUCCAGGCACUUAAAAGUUGGAUUUUUUUUUCUGGCAGAAAAAACUCAAAUUUUUGACCAUGCUACAGAAUAACAUUUCAUUCACGCAGUAAUUAUCCUUUAAAUGAUUUGCCAUUUUUAAAAGCAGAGGCACUGGUGGGCAAGACAAAGUGAAGACAUUUCGAUAGUUAAUUGCUUGGGUUGACUUUUCAUGUCAGUGUGUUUUUGACUAAAAUGCUUUUUGUUGUUGUUGUUGUUGGUUCUUUUAUCCCAGGACUGAGCAUGGAGUGUCUGUUCUUAUUUACUGUUUUACAGGCCGCUGUAUUGUACCCUACUGGGGAAAGUAAAAAUAUUGCAUUUUAAAAAGUAGUAGUUUUGCCAAUAUCACUUCUUUAUUUUAUUUGUAUUUUUUAAAUUGGGGGAUUAGUUGAUUACAGUACAGUUGUUGACACAUGGGUACAGUAUCACUGUCUUAAAGGAUAUAUAUUUAAAGAAAUAUUAAGGGGGGGAAAGCCGAUGGGGGCUUUUAGAAUCUUAUCAGUAUCUCAUUUCGAAUAUUCAAUAUGUUACUUAAUGUAAAACACAUUUUCUUGUAUUUUGUAGAUGCACUAUAUACUUGUUCAUAGGUAAAUCUGUAAAAUGUACAUACUUUGGAGGUUUUGCUAUUUAUUUUUAUUUUAACUAUUGUUCAUUUACUUUAUGUUUUGGGUGGUUAUGUUAAUCUGUAUGUCACCAUGUUAAUUUGUAAUAGAAAUGCACUUGAUAGCUAUAUUGUUACUGAUACUGAAAAAGUAACCAAACUUGUAGCAUAAUGUUCCCUUUAAGCAAAAGCUAGUAUUUUAUUGUGUAACUGAAUAAGCAAGCUACAUGUUACUGUUUGCUCCUGGCAGGCUAGACCUCUGAAAAUAAAAAAAGAAGUGUCUUUUUUUAUAUGUAUUCCUUCUACUCCAGACACAUACCUCCACGCAUGACGUGAGGUCAGCCAACUGGAUUUUAGCUAGUGUAUUCCAUCAAAGAAAUUUCCAUUAUAUCAUAGAUGAAAACUUUUGUUGUAACUUCAAAGCCAUGUUAUCUUGUUAAGACACAACCUAGGAUAGAGCAACAAUUAUGAUGACAAUUUUUUUUUCAUUGAAUAUUCUUCAGUUACUAUGACUAAAUCUUCAGGAGAUAACAGCUAGACCUAUCUGAUUUUCAAGAACUAUCAAAGAAGCCUGUAAAGAGCAUUUUGGGGGUUUUGCCUUAAGUUAACAUUUUGGCAUUCUGCGUAACAUGGGGAACAGUAUAAGAUAGAUAUGAUAUAAAUUACUUUUGGAGACUGAUAAAGCAGAAUAAAAAUUUCCCAAGAAGUUCAGAAUUGCUCUUUCAUUCAUGCAGCAGUUUUAUUUGCAAGCCUGGUGAGAGUAAGAGUGCUGAUGUCAGUUUUCUGUUAGGUAUUUUUAAAAGUACUCACCCAGCUAAAUGUUAAUUUCAGAUUAUCUUUAGGGAUGGAAUCAGAAUUAUAGACUUACAGAAUUUUUUCAAAGGACUGAACAUAAAAAAGUUUUUGUAUCCUCAUGUUUAAAGAAAAUCAACAUAUUUAGACUUCUAGAGCCAAACCAGACAAGAGAGAACUGUUAUAACAAUAUUACAGUCAAAAAGAAAAAGAAUACUCAGAUAUACACAUAAACAGAACAGCUGAGAAAAAAAAUUCACUAGAGUGUAAAGAUUGUGCUUAUGUGUAUACAUUUGCAUUUUAAUAUCUUUAACCUCUAAAAUUAACUAGUAUAAUAACUUUGUUAUGACUAUAUAAAAGCAAUAUUGGGUUAUGAGACUUGUUUGGAGAAUUUAGGGAGAUACAAACUUUGAGUCUUAGAUAUUUUAACUGGACAGUUGUGGAAAGUAGCACAGAUUUCCUUGGUGCUGGUCUUAGCUCCCACCUGCCGGACUUUUUUCAUGUUUAGAAAAAAUAUAUAUUGAUCAACGUGUAAGUUUCACACUGUUGGACACCUUACUGUAUAACCCACUCUUCCACCUAUGUAGUCCUCCACUUAGGGUCAGCCUCAAGUAUACGGAAUUUCUGAAAAAUGUAUUAUAUCUAUCUAGUUAAGUUGAGUUUGAUAUUUUUUACUAGACUGUAAGCAAAGAUGGCAUCUUAUACAUUAAAAUGUUACUAAACUCAUUUUUAAAGAAAUAAACCUUUUACAUUUCCUUUUGAUUUAUUGUUUGUUUCUAGUAACUUCUGUUAUUUUCACCAACAUGUCAUAGUCUAUGCAGUGGCUGAAGUUAGUGACUAUUAUGGGACAGUUUGGGAGGGACAAAGGGAGGAAUUCAGAAUCAACUGAUUUUAGGAACUGUUGAAUCUAAGUUGGUUAAAAAACGUUGGAUGAAGGAACUACCAUUGCAACUCCAGGGCCAAUUUUCCAUCGAAAGACAAAUGGUAAAAAUCUCUAAUCUCUUUGGUUUAGGCUAUAAGGAUAAUGGAUAAAAGCCCAAAAAGCAUUCCUGUUAGAUUCUGUGUUAGAAAAUAUUCUUCCAUAUUAUCUAAGCAUAUAUUACAGAGUUCCCAAAUAUUGUAUAAAAUGAUGUUAGUUGUAUUUGUAAACAAAUGCAUUGCUUUGCCUCAGAAGUUUUACAUACGGUUAUUUUUUUUUUAGUUUUAUUUAUUAUUUUUUUAAUUUUUUAUUUAUAGAAAGGAAACAUUGACAAAACCAUAGGAUAAGAGGGGUAUUUUUAAUGAACCAAAGAACCAAGUGUAAAAUGUGUAAGAAUGCCUUUAUAGCAGAUGUUAAGUCAUACUUCAUAAACUACUUGUUAUGAAUAUUUGGAAUACUUUUGUCACUGACCGGCUUUGGUUUAGUCUUAUUCUUUGUAUCAUUUUAAUCACCAAAUACACAAAUUUGGGGGGGGGAACCUUUUCCCCCAUAAAUUGUAAAGGUUGCAUAAGAUACUCAACUUGUCAAACACAAAGAUUAUUAAGAUAUAGAUAUAUAAAGAUUAUUGGUACUUUUAUUGAUAAUUAGUGUUCUAUUUUAAUUGGUUCUGUAACUGACUUUUAAAAGUAUUGCAAAUGUGCUUUUGGUGCUAAAUCUUUGAUAAUAAAUCUUUUCCAGGUGUAUUUUGAGAGUUAUCAUCACUGUUGUGACAGUCUUGAGAAUGUGUCUCUCAGAUCCCCAGGAGGACAGAGCAUACUGACUGAAGGCCCAGCUGUGGCCCUGUCCUAUAAAUCCAGCCCUCUGUUCACACUGAAGCUUGUUAUACACUGGGUCCACCAAUAACUAAACAUCAUAAGGAUAUUAUAACUUCUGGACUUUGGCCAAAGGGCUCCCUACUGGUCUUACCUAAGUUGCUUCCAUCCAGCCUUACUUCCUCCUCAUUCAGCUAGGUCUGGAGGCUUCCCAGCCUUCCACCAAUCCCAGCUCACUCCCUGUUCUUACAUUGUCCCUAAUAAAUACUGCAAAAUUGA